AUGUCUGCAUUGCAAGGGGGGAAAGGCCCCUGGUCCCGAUGUGUGGUGGUGAACCUUCCAGAGUUAGGCCUGGUGUCGUGUGCGAGUUGCCACUGGAAUGGCAAGUUCCAGCGUUGCUCUUUUUAUCGCCAAGCGAAUAAUCUCCCGUUGACUGGCCCAAUUCCCGGUGGACAUCAGCGUGGAGCUUCACAGUCAUCGACGACUGGGGAAGCUUCCACUGGGGAUGAAAGGCCUACCACUCAAAGUGGUGGUGCAAGCCAUGAAACGGAAGAUCUAAGCCGAGUCCAUGCCCUCCAUCGCGACUAUGCAGCCUUGAAGGCUACUGGCACCAUGGUGCUGGCUGGCAUCGACCUGGCAUCAUCAUCGCCAGAUCUUGUCAACCGGGCGCAGGCCCACCUGGCAAGCUUUGAGCAGAUGGAUAGCACUAUGCAGCGAUUCUCUUGA